AUGGAUCUUGCUAUCGCCAAUUAUGGCACCAACAACGUUGGUAUAAUGUUUGGAACUGGUAACAACACUUUUGCAAAUCAAAUCACGUUUUCAACUGGUCCGAAUUCCCAUCCAUACUCGAUUGCUGUGGGUCAUUUAAAUGACGACAACAUGUUAGAUAUCGCGGUCACCAACAAUGGAAAUAACAGUGUCGCUGUCGGUGAUUUUAAUAGCGACACCGUAUUAGACAUCGCCGUUACCAAUGAAGAUGAGAACACUGUAAGUGUACUUCUCGGAUAUAGUAAUGGCUCUUUUGCAAGACAAGUAAACUAUUCCACUGGCACUCAACCAUAUGGUGUAGCUGUUGGUGAUCUUAAUAACGACAACCGACUCGAUAUGAUUAUCACUAAUUCUGCUAAUAACACUGUAAGUGUAUUUCUCGGAUAUGGUAAUGGCUCUUUUGCGAGUCAAACGACAUAUUCAACUGGUACGUUGCCAUACUAUUUAGCUGUAGGUGAUUUGAACAACGAUACCCGACUGGAUAUUGUCGUCACUAAUUAUCUUGACGAGACUGUAAGCGUACUUCUUGGAAAUGGCAAUGGCUCUUUUGCAAAUCAAGCGACAUGUUCAGUUGGCAUUACUCCAUACUAUGCAGCUGUUGGUGAUUUUAACAACGACACCCUAUUGGACAUUGUCGUCACUAAUUCUAAUAACAACACUGUAAGUGUACUUCUAGGAUAUGGCAAUGGCUCUUUUGCAAAUCGAGUAGAAUAUUCAACUGGCAUUUAUCCAGUAUUUAUAGUUGUGGCUGAUUUUAACAAUGACACCGGUUUAGAUAUCGUCGUCACUAAUUUUCUUGACAACACUGUAAGUGUACUUCUCGGACAUGGUGAUGGCUCUUUUGCAAUGCAAAAGACAUAUUUAACGGGCGACAGACCAAAUGGUUUAGCUGUCGGCGAUUUCAAUAACGACACCAGACUAGAUAUUGUUGUAAGUAAUUCUGGAAAUAAUACUAUAGGUAUAUUCCUCGGAUAUGGUAAUGGUUCGUUUGCAAGUCAAAAGACAUAUUCAACCGGUGCUUAUCCAUUCACUUUAGCUGUUAAUGAUUUUAACAACGAUAACCGACCAGAUAUCGUCGUCACUAAUUAUUAUGAUGCCAAUGUUAGUAUUCUACUCCGUUAUGAUAGAGGGGCUAUGAAAAAUGAAAUUACAUUUACGCCCAGUGCUGGUGCCCAUGUGAGAAGCGUUGCUAUUUCUGAUUUCAAUAACGAUAGUCUAUUGGAUAUCGUCGUUGCUAAUUAUGGUAGUAAUAAUCUAGGUGUCAGUCUUGGAUAUGGAAAUGGCACCUUUGGAAACGAAAUGAUAUUCUCAACUGGAUUAAAAUCUCAUCCUUAUUCAAUUACAAUUAAUGACUUCAAUAAAGACGGUCAAGUGGAUAUUGCAGUGGCCAAUCAUGGUACUAAAAGUCUUAGUACAUUUCUGGGAAAGGGAAACGGAACAUUUGAAAGUCAAGCAAAUUAUAGCACUAGUUUCGAUUUUGCUCCAUUGGCUGUUGGUGUUGGUGAUUUCAAUAAAGAUGGACAUCCGGAAAUUGUUGCUGCAUAUGAUGAUACUGAUAAUUUGGAUGUGUUUGUUUUAUAUGACAUCGGAGAUUUUUCUCAUCGAACAACAUAUUCAACUGACCCUUGGCCAACCUCUGUCGCUUUUGGUGAUUUUAAUAACGAUACUCGACUGGAUUUCGUUGUCACUACUACGCAUUACAAUAAUGUAGCUGUAUAUCUUGGAUAUGGUAAUGGCUCUUUUGCAAAUCAAACGAUAUAUUUAGUUGGAAAGGGACCAUACUUUGUAGCUGUUGGUGAUUUUAAUAACGAUGCCCGAUCAGAUAUAGUCGUCGCUAAUCUUGAUGACAACACUGUAAGUGUACUCCUUGGAUAUGGCAAUGGCUCGUUUGCAACACAAAAGACAUCUGCAGCUGGCUUUAAACCAUAUUUUGUAACAAUUGGUGAUUUUAAUAAUGACAGCCGACUAGAUAUCGUCGUCGCUAAUAAUGAUAGAAAUUCUGUAACUGUACUUCUAGGAUAUGGCAAUGGCUCUUUUGCAAAUCAAGCGAAUUAUUCAACUGGGUCUCGGUCAUUGUCUGUAGCUAUUGGGGAUAUUAAUAACGACACCCGACUUGAUAUCGUUGUCGCUAAUUUUGAUAGCAAUUCCACAUUAUCGUCGCUAAUUAUGGCACCAACAAUGUAG